AUGUCAAUAUGUCCAGACAAUUCGACAGAAUGUCUUCUUCGAGCUCUGGUCACCGAAGUCAAUGCCAGUCGAGCCUUAUUAGAAGAGUUACUUGAAGCAACCUCCAAAUUCAAUUGGGAUCCAUUGAAUUUUGCCUUUACAGCUGCCAUCGGCGCCUUAGCUUUGCUUAUUGCUUGCAUCACCGUCUUCCAGGGCCUUCUUACAGCCGGGCCUGGUCGCAUCAAGGCAAGCAAGCUUGCUAUAGGUCCUUACGCCAAACGUUCCAAAUCUCGUUUUGACUUCACCGAACUAUCUUUGCGCACGGUUGUUUUCGUCCCCUCUAUUGGGAGUGAGAAUAGAAUCCAUCGCGUGAAGAAGGAUUUCCCUGAUCAUGCUUGCUGCAGCAAAUAUGAUCCGUCGGCUGGCAGGAGCGAGUCAUCUGCUUCAUGGCUCCGAUUGCUCGUCGAGCUGGGGAUUUCGGAGCCUUGUCUUUGGUCACUUGUCGCUCGCCAGACUGACAAUCUCCCCGUCGACAUAUCAGCAGCACCCGCCACAGGCUCUGUAAGGUUUCUUUCACAUCUUGCAGCAAUCUCGGAUGACGAUUGCAUCGUUGAACAACGCCCUGACAGUCGCUUUGUUUCGGUCAUUGGGAAGUCGUCACAGCUCACCUUUCGCGACCAUCCCGUGCUAGGGUUUGUCGCCAUGUACGAGACUUACCGCGAGAGUCCCUACUACCGAGGCGGUCACUCCAAGAAGUCCGGUGCAGAUCGCCGGCCGGUCACAGGUAUUAGGGGCUUGCACAGUGUCGGGGUCGAGGAGACCGCUGGUAUGCUUGACCUCUCCCAUGGGCUUCUGAAGUGCCGCUAUCUAGGGUACGCCGUGACUGAAGGGCUGAUUCAACUGAACUUUGGACUGUUGCUGCAAAAGCUCACGUCACAUUGCACGCACCAACACUUGGACGACAACCCUUCGUCCAUCUUGUUUAGAGGACGAGGUUCUUACGGUGCAAGGCGUGCUCAUGGCUACAUUCACUUUUUGCUGUUCUUCACAUCGGUACCUUCAUUGGUUCGUGCCUUUCCUUCGAAGCUUUUCGGUCUCCGAGCAGCAAUGCUUGAGAUCAGCCACCUCAUCCCAGCAUGGAGUAAGUCACCAAUCGAAGUGAUCACUGAAAUCGGCGGCGUGGUCCACACAUACGGUGGCACAUUCCUGGAAAUCCCCACUGAUGCAUAUGUAUUCUAUGUUCUCGGCGCUCGUGCUCGCCAUUACUCAAGCUCUUCAUGGAUCGAAGCUCCGCCGGGUGCUGGUUGGUGCACAAACAGUAUGCACAGCGACUUUCGUAAAGACGAGAAUGAUCUUGUAUACAGCGCGGAAAUCAUUCGGUUGUGUUGCGGAUGGCUCAAGCGCAUCUCUGGGGACGAGAGGGAAUUGAAGAAACUCCUGUCCGAAGAUCUGAAACAUUUCAAGGACAAGCUACUGGCAGCCCUGUAUCUUGUUGACGACUGGCUCCGACGCCGUAAUAAGGAAGAAACCAUCUGCGCUGCACUAUUGAUCAUACAGGACGCUUCUGUCAGACGUUCACUACACACGCUUCCCAACUUUACGACCGCUGACGACGCACAACCUGUGCAAUCCCUGCACGAUGAUCUUCCGGAAGAUGUCGACCAACCAAGACUCCGUGAUCUGAAGGUCAUGAUGGCGUAUCGAGCAAUUUUGCUGGGUGCACUUCUCGAACUCAGCACGGACACCAGUUGCAUCGUGGAUGCAGCUUUUCAAGAUACAAUCGUCAAGAUACUGUGA